AUGACGUCACGGGACUGUGUCCCGCUUCCGGUCCGGCGGGCCGCUAUGGCGGCAGCAGAGGCGCUGGCAGCCGCGCUGCGGGAGUGGGCGGCAGCGGCGGCGCGGCAGGACGCAGCCUGGCGGGCGGCACUGGACGCCUGCGCGCCGCUCUUGGGCUCGCUGGCCGGGCUGGCGGCGCAGAUGCGGGCGGGGCAGCGGCUGGCGUGGGGCGGCUCACCGCUGGGGGCCUUCGGCGAGCUGCAGGCGCGGCUGUGGUGGAAGCAGCGCGGCGCGGCCGAGGCGCUGCUGGAGCAGCUCGGCAGCCGGCGGGCGGAGCUGCGGGACGUGCGGGACGCCGUGGGGGCCGGCGUGGCUGGCGUCCUGCGGCUGUACGAGGAGCGGGCGGCGGAGCUGGGCCUGGCGGCGUCCCUGCAGCGCGGGCCGCGCAGCCCCUCCCUGGCGGAUGCGCUAGAGGGGCUGCAGGACGUGGAGCGUUACUACCGGCACCUGUACCUGGAGAGCAAGCUUCUCCUUCUCUGCAUCAGCUGUGACAGCCUGCCAGACAUGGAAGCCCUCCCACAGUCUUGGGAGAGAAUUUUGGAGCGCUACAAGGAAGACGUUGUUCAAGGUAGUUCCACUUCCAGCAGACCCUUCCUUGAGCACUCAGCGCUGGAGGCCGAAGAUACACUUCUUAAGAUCUCUCUGUUUGUGGACAACCACCGGGAGCUGUGCUGCUCACCAGGCUCCUGACAGCGAACAGGAGGGACUGAUGUUGAACAGCUUCUGCGAGAGUCUGGUAUGUUCCGAGAUGACCACGACAAGGAUGGUGGAUUGAGGAAGCUUAACCGGUGCUUUUUGGAAGCUGAAUGAGUUGGGUACUUGGCCUCAGUAGAAAAUGCUUGGACUGUUUCAUUUUCAAGUGGAAAUGGACUUGGUGUCUGAAGAGGCUGAGCUGAACAAGCCAUGAAGAUAAAAGGGUAUCAUCUUCAGCUACAGAAGUCAUCUUUUCUUUGGUCUGCCAUGGAUAUUUUUGUAUACUGAAAAAAAUGUUGUGACUUACUAACUUGAGGUCUGCUGCAAAUAAGCAAGCAUAACAUAAGGCACAACAGGCUGAUACCAUGUAACAAAUAUGUUUAGGUACCAUCCUUACAAAUAAAUAAAAGAUGUCAAAGCAGAUCUGGCA